AUCCCAGCAGAAACAGUCAGCACGCUUAAACACCCACUAAGCGUUUCCCUGAAUGGGCCUGGAGAACACACACAGGAGAACGUGUGGAGCUUCCAGCUUCCAGCUCCCUCAGACUUCUCCGAUCCGUCUGGAGGCGUUGCGUCAACGGACCCUGAUGCGUCCUUUCCAUUAAAUCCACGUCAGGAAUGCUUUUUUUCCCUCUUAAUUUUUCUUUAAGAAAACAGCUUGACGUAAUCAACUAUGGGGUCUGCCUCAGAUUCUGAGGUGAGAAAGAUAUCUGUGUGGGUCUGCCGAGAAGAGAAGCUGGUUCUCGGCUUGUCAAAGCGCAACACCUGCGCUGAUAUUGUGAAAGUGCUCCUGGAUGAGCAGUGCGCACAGCCCGGCCUUUCCACGGCGCAGUCUUACUGCAUCGUGGAGAAAUGGAGGGGCUUCGAGAGAAUUUUGCCAAACAAAACAAAGAUUUUAAAGCUGUGGUUCGCCUGGGGAGAUGAACAGAAAAACGUGAAGUUUGUCCUGGUAAAAACAGACGCCUCUUUGGAGAACCGCAGGGCCCGGAGCGCAGAGGCGCGUGUGGUGCCGAGCAAACAGAGCCCCCGCGUCACCACAGGGUCUCCGAGAUCUAACAUGGGCUGUAUCUCACCAGAUAAACAGCGUCGGAUUGUUAGGAAAGCUUUCAGAAAGUUGGAGAAGAUUAACAGAAAGAAGACGCGGGCAGCGCACAGAGACGCGUCCUGUGCAGAGAAGAUGGAGACUUUGGUUCAUCUUGUUGUGUCUCAGGACCACACAAUCCGCCAGCAGGUUCAGAGGAUUACAGAGCUGGACGCAGAGAUCGAAAGGUGUGAGGCAACGGUGCAUCUUGACAGAGUUAAACGACACGGGGUCAAUUACGUGCAGAACACGUAUCUGGUGGACGCAGCUUCGGUCUCAGCGCAGGAAGCAACGGAACUUUACCCAAAAGAAACUUUUGCCAAACUUGAGGAGUAUGUUCGUCAGUGCGAGCAGGUGCUGAAGCUGCAAGAAGAGCUCUGGGGGCAGGAGGCUCUCAUAGAUAUGACCACAGCUCACAUUGAAGAGGAGUUGAACCUCCGCUGGAUGCAGCGCAGGAAAGACGAGUUGCGCACCAAACGUUAUCCAUCCAGCUCCUCCUGCUCCCAGGCAGACUCUGCAUCACAAAGCGAACAAUUUAUAGAGAAAGAGAGGAUCAAAACGCAGCUGGAUGCAAGUUUGUACAUCGGUCUGCGACUCAACGCGGAUUUAGAGGCUAUUAGGGGCGAUUUAGAGCUGUCCCAGCAGAUUGGGGCUGCCAGAGAGAAGGAAAUGAGGGAUUUGCUGGACAAAGUAAAAAGUUUAGACAUGGAGGCGGGCGACGCCGAUGAAGAAACUAGCUACGGGACAGACAACAAGGAGACCAUGACUGAAACUUUGAAUGGGGCAAGCGAGUGGGUGGAGCAAGCCAGAGGGCUGUCUAAAACUGAGAGUGUGAACGAUGACGACUCAGAUACGGGCUUAAGUUCUCUGCACAGUCAGGACUCAGAUGGCCUCCCUGUGUGGGAAUCACUGGUUUGAGAUUUUACAAGAAAUGUGGCUUAAAGACACAUGGUGUUCACAGUCCCGGGUAAAAAUAUCACUAGGGCUAUUUUUUUUAUAGAAGUCAGAUAUAUGUGAAUAUGAUGAUAAAAUAUGUGUGAAAUCACAACAGUCCUCAUAGCUCAAAAUUCCAUUAUUAAUGUUUAGUUUUAGUUGUAGAUAUAACUGAAAGAAUAAAGCUGUUGUUUUGAUAUGAAAAUUAAAAACUGGUUAUCAAGCUUAAAAA